CCCCUCUGGCUGUCUCGCUCGGGUACGCGCACGUCAGACUCGCAACACUACAAUGUGGAGGAAUGCACACCUGUUACUUCACCUCAGAUGCCCCCAUUGACCUAAUGUUCUUUUAUUUAUCUACAAGACUAGUUAGUACUUUACUAUUUCAACUAGAAUUGCCUUCUUAGCGAGCUAGCUAGCUACAUAGCUACUGCGCACGACAGGAGAUGCAAAAAGCCGCUGCCUGACCAGGGCUCAGAAAAUCUGCAAAGAUUUCUCCCACCCCCACCAAGGACUGUUUUCACUGCUGGACUCUAGAAAGAGGUUCCGCAGCCUCCGAAGCAGAACUGUGACAGCUUCUUCCCUCAGGAUACGGUCCCAAAACAGUCGAGAGGACCCCCGUCCUCAGAGCCUCGACGGGGGAGUGUGCGGCCAGGUGGACGCUGAACUAAUAAGCCGGUGCGAAGUGUGCGCUUGUUCUCGCUGGGUGGCUGACUGAAAUGUCAGCGCCGAAGGAACAGAUAGUAAGGAGGCUGGAUCAUCAUCGAUGGUCAGACGCCCUCCUGUGGUCAGUGGGUGCGGCUGCUGCUGGUUGGAGGUUGUCAAUCUUGAGGGAAUGCACACUAGAGGACAUGAAGAAGGAGUCUAAAAUGCUGAAAGGAUCCAGCCCUCGCUCUCGCUCUCCGGGUCCUCCGGGUUGGCCAGUGUGGACAGCGAGCUGUUGACGUACUGCAGGCCCACGGUCACGGCAACCUGCAGCGGCGAGACGGGACCAUGGAUCAAAUAAACUGGAUGAUGACGUCACCAGCCGCUUCCUCCCGAGAGGCCUGUGGUGUGUAGCGCCCCCUGCUGUACCGGAGCUCAACUGUCAAUAUGGCUGCCCCAGACGUAAACAAUCCACAACCCGCCCUGUCACUGGAAGCGUAGGAUGUUUACAUGACUGGAUCCAUGCAACCUGACACAAAACUGUGUCAUGGACGAUGAGGACGAUCGUCAUCUUCUGGAUAUUUUAGGAGAUGUGGAUGCAUUGAAUGACUAUCUCCAUGGCAGCAACAGCAAGUCCAUCGAAGAGGACGACGUAGCUAACGCGGCGUACGGCUCGGACGCGUCUUUCUUCGCCGGGGACACUGCGAGCGCCAACGACAGACUCAAAGAUGGCCCCUCUUCAAUGGCGGACUUUGGCGCCGAUCCUGCCAGGGACGGCCUCCAGCUCUCCAGCAGCCUCUCGUUCAUCGAGGACCAACUGGGGACCGGGAGCUCGCCGGGAGGCGGCGUGGAUCUCGGCGGCGAAGACCAGCCCUUCGACAUCCUGCAGAAGUCCCUCCUGGAGGCCGACAUCACGGAGCAAACGCUGGCACAGGAGGCCCUGCUCGACUCCCAGCCCGCCCCCACCCUCGUGCAGGCCCCCGUGUCCUUUCCGUCCCAGCUGGCCUCUGGGGGUUACGGAGGCGGCGGGGUCACCACGGCAACGGCGUUGCCGACCGGACAGCUCCUGCGAGGCGUACCCCCGCUGUCCAACGGCUCCGCCCAGCAUAUCCAGGUGUUGGGGUCGUUCGGCGCGGGAGGCGGAGUCAUGACUUUGAGUGGUUUGGAAAGAACUCCGCAGAUUGUGCUGAGGCCGGCGGGGGCUGUAGCUCCGGCGGCGUCUACUCCAGGAGGACAGGUGUUUGCCCCCACCCAAGGGCAGCUAGGCCAAGUGGGUUUGCCUUUUAAGAACAUCCCCCUCCAAAACGUCAUCAUCCAGAGAGGUCCUGGAGGGACCCAGACUCUUGUGAGACCAAUUCAGCCUAAACCCCAUCAAGCCGGGGCUCAGACCGUCUACAGCCUACAGCCCGCAGCCUCCACCUUUGCUAACGCCGCAACUCCCGGAGCGCAGUACACCGCCAACGGCUCCAUCGUAGUGCAGCCGCCAUUGGACCAGCAGCACGCGCAAGCCAACUUGCAACCGGGACAAUUCCUGUUGCCCGCUUCUCUGGCGCUCACUCAGCCCGGCGCCGUCCACAACGGCCCCGCGGACCACGGCGCCAGCACACUGAUCACCGCUCAGAAGACAGUGCAGAUUGUGGCCGGUCAGAACUUCGCCGCACAAGCGGGCGGGCCGCUCAUUUUAAACCAGGGCGGAGGGGGCGUGACGCAAACAUGGACGAGCACCGCGCACACGGCGUGCUCUACCGGGCGCCUGGCGCUGGUCAACCCGGCGAGUCAUGGGCAGGUUUCCGCCUGCCCGGUGCAGCGCCUUCUAGUGACACAAACUCAGAACUGUACGUCAUUGUCCCCUUUACCUAACACGGUGACACACGAGCAGAAUUCUUCACUGUCUGCCGUCAAACAAGUGCAGCUUAGCAGCGUUCAUGCGAUGCAAACACCUGAUUUAUGCAUCAAUACUCAGGUCAGUGCUCAGAAGAGGCCCGCCCCCAUGCCGCUUACCAAGGGAGGAAUGAUUCUACAGCAGCUAAGGGAAGACCACGACAGAGUCCACACCCCCGACCGGCAACACUUCACAUCCUUCAGCGACGUGCUUCAAAGGCUCCUCCCCUUUCACGUGUUCCAGGGAGCGCCGCCCACCCAGGAGGAGUUCUCGCAGGUGGAUGAUGAAUUUGAGUCGGUAGCGACGCAGGUGCUCAUGAGGACGCAGUCCAUGAUAAACAAAUACAGGCGGCUACUUCUGGCAGAGUCUGAGCAACACUGCAGUCCGUCGUCCGAGAUGGUGAUGAUCGACAGGACCUUCAACCAGGAGGAGCGCGGCAACCUGACCCAAGACAAGCGCAUGGUGCUGGUGGAUCCAGACAGUUUCUUGGACGACUUCUGCUGUGGGCUGAAAUCCAAACGUUUCCAAGAACCCGUCCCCUCGCCGCCGCCCGUCUGCGAUAGGAAUCGGCCCGACAGAGACUUGGCGGAGCCGCCAUGCAGGACAGACUCCCAGCCUGGGUUUGGAGACCCAGGAGGAGGCGCGCAGCCAACAGUUGAUAGACCUCAAACCUCGCCUUCGGAGAAUAAUAGCGUCUCAGAACUGAAGAGAGCCCAGCAGCGCUUUGACCCCGCCCCCACCUGCCACCCGCAAGGUAACCACUCAACUUUUGCAGCACCCGGGGGGCAGACUGUCGACCAGGUAGCCAAGCCGCUGGCCUCGCCCCGACACUUGGACACGGACUCCGCUCUCGAGGCGGCGGUCAACAGCAUCUUGGAAUGUUAACUCGACGCUAAGUCCAACCUGGAAGAUGAUGUCAUGUUGUGUGUGUGAAGUCUGCUCUCUAUGUAGCACUCAUUUUUGUUUUUUUAAAGGGUUCAUGAAGCAUGACGAAUACUCUAAGGCGCGAGAGAGAGACGGGCACUUACAAUGGCCGAUCAAGGUGCGGGAAUGUGUGCAAUUUAAAGGACCCACGGUCGGAAAUAUUAAUUUUUUUUUUUUGUGUUCCUUUUUUACGUGGCAACACAGUGACUGUGCCAGUUUGCUAGCAACUCUGUGCCUCCUAUUUAUCUGCAUUUUAUUUGACAUGACGUGUUUACAUGAAGAACGCCCGCCGAGGAACACGGUGGAACCUCCAAAAUGCCUGCAAUAGCCAUGAAACACCACUAGGUGGCAGCAUCGCCUCUUAUUAUUUGUACCUGUCUGCCGAGUAUGAAUGCCUGUUUCAGCCACUAAAAAAAAAUGUACAAUGAGAAAUGUACCGGUAAAAAAAAGUUGUAAUUAUGAGAUAGAAAGUAAAGACGACAUUAUGAGCUUAAAAGUCAUAUUUAUAAGAUAACGUGUCAAAAUUAUGAGAGUGUAAUUAUGAGAUAAAUUGAAAUUAUGAGAUAAAAAGUAAUAAUUAUGAGAGAGAGUCGAAAUUAUGACAUCGAGUUGAAAUGAGGACAUACAAAGUUUUAAUUGUGAGCUAAAAAAAAAUUAUGUCAUAAUUUUGACUUUAAUCUAAUAAUUAACAUUUUUUAUCUCACAAUUAUAACUCUUUAUCUAAUCAUUUCAAUUUUGUAUCCCAUAAUUUUGACUUCCCUGCGAUGAGGUGGCGACUUGUCCAGGGUGUACCGCGCCUUCCGCCCGAAUGCAGCUGAGAUAGGCUCCAGCGACCCCGAAAGGGACAAGCGGUAGAAAAUGGAUGUAUAAUUUUGACUUUAAUCUAAUAAGACUUUUUAUCUCGCAAUUACAACUCUAUCUCAUAAUUUAAAUAGUUGAUCUCAUAAUUUUGACUUUAAUCUAAUAGUUACGACUUUUUAUCUCACAAUUACAGCUCUAUC